AGCUAAUCUGAAUGCAGUAUUGUGUCCACUGGACACAGUGUUAUGAGAUCCCAGGCCUGUGCCAGGUGUUCAGCGUGCUAGAAAGGUCAUGGUGGGUCGGAAAAUAAAGCCAGCGCACUCAGAUCAGGUGCGAAGGCGAGAAGAGCCGGGCAUUGUGCCCGCGUAGGCAGACUCCAGGUCUCGGCCAACUGAAUGGCUUUGUUUCUAGUUGGUGGCUGAACGGGACACCAGAGUUGCCCUCUUUUUGGGUCCAAUCACGUGCUUAACAGUGAAGGUGGCAGCGAUGGGAGCGCCCUACCCCCUCCUGCCAGGCGGCCUCAUCCCGAGAGCGUUCUGGCUGCGUCCUGCACCUGUACCGGAGAGGCGCUCAGGAGCCAAGUCUGGGCCAGCCGGCCGCAGGUGUGCCCAGGUAGGAGCGGCUGGGUGGCCAGCGGCUCCAGGUGGAGAAUCCGGGAGGUUCGGAGCCCCGGCUGGCGCCGCGCCCCGCCUCAGGCUCCCCCGGCGGGGCCGAGGCCGCGCCUCCUCCCGGAACUGACCGGCGCGGAGAGGUUGCGCGCCGAGGGCCAUGGAGUGGCUGCCCGCGGGUGACCGCCUGACGGGGCGCGCGGAGCUCGAGUUUCCCGGCGGCCGCGACGCGAGGCUCCAGGAGGCUGAGCGGGAAUCAGCCUGUGGAGCGGUCGGAGCUCCACUCCGGCAGGGGCCGGCGGAGCGGCCGCGGGGCUGCGGCGGCAACUCGUGCGAGGGCGAGGAGCCCGAGCCCGGCGGCCGCACGAGCCGCACGGCGUCUCUGGUGAGCGGGCUGCUCACGGAGCUGUACAGUUGCACCGAAGAGGAGGAGGCGGCGGGCGUGGGCACGGGACCCGGGGCCCGCCGGCCGCGCCGCGACAGCCUCGACAGCUCCACCGAGGCCUCGGGCUCCGACGUAUUUCUGGGCGCCCGCGGAGGCGCGGGAGACUCCCGUGCGCUGCAGGAGCUGCAGGAGCGACCGAGCCAGCAGCACCAGAUGCGGUACCUGCGCCAGAAAGACACGAAUGAACUGAAGAUAAUCCUCCAAGAGCUCAAGUACAGAGUCGGGGAGCAGUCGGCCAAGUUGCUUCGGCAGCUGAAGCAGAGAGACAGGCUUCUACACAAGGUGCAGCGGAACUGUGACGUUGUGACUGCUUGCCUGCAGGCCGUGUCCCAAAAGAGAAGGGUUGAUACGAAGCUGAAGUUCACACUUGAGCCAUCUCUAGGUAAAAAUGGUUUUCAGCAGUGGUAUGAUGCCCUCAAGGCUGUUGCCAGGCUAUCCACUGGAAUACCCAAGGAAUGGAGGAGAAAGGUUUGGCUGACCUUGGCAGAUCAAUAUUUGCACAGUAUAGCCAUUGAUUGGGACAAAACCAUGCGCUUCACUUUCAAUGAGAGGAGUAAUCCUGACGAUGACUCGAUGGGAAUUCAGAUAGUCAAGGAUCUUCACCGUACAGGCUGUAGCUCUUACUGUGGCCAGGAGGCAGAGCAGGACAGGGUUGUGUUGAAGCGAGUGCUGCUAGCCUAUGCCCGGUGGAACAAAAAUGUUGGGUACUGCCAAGGCUUUAACAUCCUGGCUGCGCUAAUUCUGGAGGUCAUGGAAGGCAAUGAAGGCGACGCACUGAAAAUCAUGAUUUACCUUAUUGAUAAAGUGCUUCCUGAAAGCUACUUUGUCAAUAAUCUCCAGGCAUUGUCUGUGGAUAUGGCUGUCUUCAGAGACCUCUUGAGAUUGAAGCUCCCGGAGUUGUCACAGCAUUUGGAUAUGCUGCAGAAAACUGCAAACAAAGAAAGUGGAGGUGGAUACGAGCCGCCACUUACGAACGUCUUCACCAUGCAGUGGUUUCUGACUCUGUUUGCCACAUGCCUCCCUAAUCACACAGUGUUAAAGAUUUGGGACUCAGUGUUCUUUGAAGGAUCAGAAAUCAUCCUAAGGGUAGCACUGGCUAUCUGGGCAAAAUUGGGAGAGCAGAUAGAAUGCUGUGAAACAGCAGACGAGUUCUACAGCACCAUGGGGCGCCUUACCCAGGAGAUGCUGGAGAACGAUCUUCUGCAGAGCCAUGAACUGAUGCAGACUGUUUAUUCUAUGGCUCCAUUCCCUUUUCCACAACUUGCUGAGUUGAGGGAAAAGUACACCUACAAUAUCACACCAUUCCCAGCCACGGUCAAGCCCACCUCAGUUUCUGGGCGACAUGGGAAGGCCAGAGACAGUGAUGAGGAGUAUGACCCAGAUGAUGAAGAUGCUAUUGCUAAUGCAGUGGGGUGUCUUGGACCUUUCAGUGGGCUCCUUGCCCCUGAACUACAGAAGUUCCAAAAACAAGUGAAAGAGCCGAAUGAGGAGCAAAGUCUGAAAUCGAAUAACAUCGCAGAGCUGAGUCCAGGCGCAAUCAAUUCCUGUCGCAGUGAAUACCACGCAGCUUUCAACAGUAUGAUGAUGGAGCGCAUGACCACAGACAUCAAUGCAUUGAAGCGGCAGUAUUCUCGAAUUAAAAAGAAGCAACAGCAGCAGGUCCACCAGGUGUACAUCAGAGCAGGCUCUAAUGAAGAAAAAGACCAUGGGUUCUUUUUAGGUCUCAACGACCAGACACUCAGUGACAAAGGGCCUGUGACCAGCAUUCUCCCAUCUCAGGUAAACAACUCUCCAGUUAUAAACCACCUCCUUUUAGGGAAAAAGAUGAAAAUGACCAACAGGGCCUCCAAGAAUGCUGUCAUUCACAUUCCUGGUCACACAGGAGGCAAAAUAUCACCUGUCCCCUAUGAAGACCUUAAGACGAAGCUCAACUCCCCAUGGCGAACGCACAUCCGAGUCCACAAAAAGAACUUGCCCAGGACCAAGAGUCACCUGGGCUGCGGGGACACCAUAGGGCUGAUUGAAGAGCAGGGUGAGGGCUGCAAGCCCAGCAGCCUGGGACCAACUGAGAAGCUUCCCACCUGCCAGGCCCCAGCAACUGCCAGCACAGAACGCAGCAGCUCUGAUGGCGGCCCAGGGAGGGCCAUCGAAGGGCAGUCUCCAGAGCCCGUGUUCGGGGAUGCCACUGAGGUGGAUGCAUCUGAAGUGCAGGUGAAAUUGGAAUCCUUAAACCUGGAUGCAGGGGAUGCUGCAGCCGAUGCUGAGCCCCGAGUGCUCCCACCCAGUCAGCGGCAGCCCCCAGAGCCGUCCAACACCCCUGGAGAGAACAAAGCCACCAGCAAACCUGUUCAAGGCAGCAACUCGAAAACUCCCAUCUUUAGCCCUUUCCCCAGUGUGAAACCCCUGCGGAAAUCAGCCACAGCCAGGAAUUUGGGGUUAUACGGCCCCACGGAAAGAACCCCAACUGUGCACUUUCCUCAGAUGAGCAGGAGCUUCAGCAGACCUGGUGGUAUUGGCAGCGGCGGUGGUGGCGGUGGCUCUAAGAAACGGUGAUGUCUCCAAAACACUCACCCGGGCCUGCUGGUGGGAGAGUUCCUGUUGA